AUGGCGGCCUCUGGUCUUCAGGAACAGUCGUUGCAAAUGGCCUUAAUGGACUGGGCGCACAUCUUGUAUAAGACUCUUGUGACUAGUUCGAACAAUGCCUCUGCUCUUGGAGGUAGUGUCUGCAGCCUAGUGGAUUUCACUUUCGAGCCAAUGCUGAAUGACGGGAGGUUAUUCAAAGUUGGCCGAGCUAUGGGAUUUACGCGUGGCGUCUACAGUCCGCUCCGGACGUCUCGUAUUACGACAAGAGUCAUCGAUGGGGAGGAGACGACCCAACUAACCAGGGAGCAUACCAUUGUGUCGGGUCAUGGUCAGCAUAUUGUUGAAAAAGGUGAUGCUGGGUCGCUAGUGUACAACAAAGCCAGUAGUGUGGUCGGUCUCCUUUUUGGAGGCUCUUUACGAUGGACAUUGGAUACUUCACCCACGCCAAGGUUCUGGUGGAGAGCAUCAAAAAACGCACUGGCGUGCAAGAGAUUCGGGCUUCGGAAGUAA